AUGUCGCAGUACUCGGGAAAGAUAAAAGGCUUUAUGAGAACAAUCACGAGUUUUUGUGACUUUCUCCUGCAGAUCACCUUCUUCGAGGGGAAAUGUUUCACUGGCAGGAAGUUGGAGGUCAGAGGAGACUGUGAUAACUUCCAGGACCGUGGCUUCAUGAACAGGGUGAACUCCAUCCGUGUGGAGAGCGGGGCCUGGAUCUGCUUCGACCACCCUGACUUUAAGGGUCAGCAGUACAUCCUGGAGCACGGCGAAUACCCAGAAUUCCAGAGGUGGAACUCCCACAACGACCACAUGGGAUCCUGCAAACCCAUCCGUAUGCACGGAGAGCACUACCGCAUCGAGCUGUUCGAGGCCUGCAACUUCUCAGGUCAGUGCGUAGAGAUCUGCGAGGACACGCCCUUCCUGCAGAGCCGCGGCCUCUCCAAGAACUGUGUCAACUCCGUCAAGGUGUUCGGAGACGGAGCCUGGGUGAUGUACGAGGAGCCAAACUUCCGUGGUCGCAUGUACAUCGUGGAGCGUGGAGACUACAGCAGCCAUAACGAGUGGCAGGCCCAGAACCCCAACAUCCAGUCCAUCCGCAGGGUCGUCAACUACUUCUAAACCCCGCCCCCUCCAAUAUUUACCUCCCCCUCUGUAACUGUGUACAAUAAAGAAACCCCACUAAGAUAAGAAAGCAGUUUUUUUUAUCAAAAUCUGUUUGUCUGUUGUUUUGUUUGGAAAUUUCA